GGAGGACGCCACGGUCUCUCCUCACCGUCCGUCUCUCUCUCUCUCACUCACUGCUCUUCGUAUUUUGUGUUGCUUCUUGAUACGCUGAUGGAGCGCGCCAUAAUGGGGUUCGAGGUGUUGCCCCCUGUAUCCAGAUGGGUGACAGUCACAAAGAUUUUAGAAGACAAUGAAAAGUACAAGUGAAUUUUUUUUUCGAAAUAAUUCCUUUCUAGAGCUGGUUAAGCGAGGAGAUCUAAUCUCCAAACUCUGUAUUUUUCUUCGUGCUUACCACGUUACGAACUGUCAGUGAGUUAACACAGGACCAACGAACAGAGAAAGGCGAGGACACACAAGGCUAUCAGCUCUCCACUGACACGGCAGCGCUGACAGCUGUAACCCCAUCACGGUGUUCGGUGCUCACAUGUGGGGCUUGACGUAGCGCGCCAAGCAAGAAUCGGGUCGAGGAUUAUCUGGCCAGACUUGUACCUCCCUCGACCAACCAAUGUAAUUGCUAAUUCUCUCGUCCUCUUCCCACGAGGAAAAUGGCUUUUAGUUCAUAUUCAGGGUAAUUAAUCCCUUGGUACCCGCAGGCAAAGCCGGAGACUCGUCAGCUCGCUGUGGACGAGAGAGGAGGCGGGGAAGAAGGUUACUUCCUAAAUGGGUACCUCAUUAAAACUUUAAAUUCAUUCUCAAGUUCUCAAAAUUCUUCAUUUGCUUCUGGUAGGUUUUUAUCAGUAGUGUGACUUUUGGCCUCAGGUUUCUGCGGAGGGAUUGAAAAUGCGAUAAUCGACUCAUCACACUCAUAAACGUGGUCAGGUCAAGAGUCAAAGCCGAGACCUCAUCUGUGCGACCCUUGACCUCGUGUGACGACUUCUGGGCGACCCUUGACCUCGUGUGACGACUUCUGGGCGACCCUUGACCUCGUGUGACGACUUCUGGGCGACCCUUGACCUCGUGUGACGACUUCUGGGCGACCCUUGACCUCGUGUAACCUCCAGCAACAUGUUGACCACAUUUACGGCAUAACUACAAUAAGCGUGGUAAUGGUGCUGACGCUUGCGGGGCGACUAGUGACGUGGGCGGCAGUGCUGCACGCCCACACCACCCACCUCAACCACGCCCACGCCCGCACCUUCAAUCUGGGCUACCUCACGGGGUCCGAGAGGCUGCCUGAAGACUUGGAGUACAAGCGACCCGGACUCAUCAUCUCCGGGUCCAUCACCCUGGCUGUGGAGGAGGUCAACACGGUCUUCCCUCUGGUGGGGGGACACCGCCUCAACUUCACCGUAGCGGAGACAUACGGGCAGGAGGAGAUCAGUAUCCUGCAGACAGCACAGCUCUGGAUCUCCAACAUCUCCGCCUACAUCGGUCCCCAGGAGACCUGUGUCCACGAGGCCAGGAUGGCUGCCGCCUUCAACCUGCCCAUGAUUUCUUACUUCUGCACACAUCCGGAGACGUCAGACAAGAAGAGCUUCCCGACCUUCGCCCGCACCAGACCACCUGACAACCAGAUCAGCAAGUCCGUCACUUCUAUACUCAAGCGCUUCAACUGGAGGAAGGUGACGUUCUUCUACAACAACUCCCCGGACGAGAACUUCGGGCGGGUGGCUCGAACGAUCGUCAGGACUCUGCCCAGCCACAACAUCACGCUGCUGGCGACCAGGAGCUGGGCCGCCACCUACCACCACGGCUACGACAGCAACCCCUUCGUCUCCAUGCUUCAGGAGACCUAUAUGGACUGCAGAAUCUACCUGGUGCUGGGUCACUACUACGAGUUCCUGGGGCUCUUGACCAUCAUGGAGGAGAAGGGGCUCUUCCAACACGGAGAGUACUUCGUGGUGGGCGUGACACUCAGCCAGUAUGACCGCAAUAAGCCGGAUAAAUACCUCAGGGACCUGCUCAACGAGCACACCAACUCCACAGUGCAGGCUGCCUUCCAAAACUUUCUGGGAGUAGUGCCGUCCCCGGCCCCGACCUUCGAGGUGUUCGCCGCCAACGUCAACGCCUACCUGGAGAAGCCGCCCUUCAACCACCCCAACGCCCUCCACCAGAUAGGCGGCAUGAAGAACAUCCGUGCGGAGGCGGCGUUCCUGUACGACGCCGUGCAUGUCUACGCCCGCGCCCUCAACAAGACGCUGAAGGCGGGCGGAGACCCCCAUGAUGGGCGGGCGCUCAUCGCCUCCAUCCUCGGCACCACCUACCGUAGUGCUAUGGGAGUCCAGAAACAAAUAAAGCUUAAAACUUGGCCUCAGUCAAGUCUUGACCUAAAAACUCAGGGUGACCCAGGUCACCAGGAGGUCAGGGUGGCCUUAGAUGUGGUAUUUGAUGUUGAUAACACAUUCAUGAAAAAUUCGUUUAGGAUAUCAGUCCUCAAUACUGGUGUCCACAGGCCGCCGCUGGGGGCGCUGGAGAACUGCCUGGACUGCGUGAGGGUGGUGCUGGGGGAGUGCUGGUCCGAGAACCCUGAGGAGAGGCCGGACUUCAGGGCCAUCCGCACCAAGCUCAGACCCCUGAGGAAGGGAAUGAAGCCGAACAUCUUCGACAACAUGCUGGCGAUGAUGGAGAAGUAUGCUAACAAUCUCGAGGCUCUGGUGGACGAGAGAACUGACCAGCUGAUUGAGGAGAAGAAAAAGACCGAGGCGCUGCUGUACGAGAUGCUGCCGAGGUACGUGGCCGAGCAGCUCAAGCGAGGCCACAAGGUGGAGGCCGAGAACUUCGACUGCGUCACUAUCUACUUCAGCGACAUCGUUGGCUUCACGGAGAUGUCGGCAGAGUCCACCCCGCUUCAGGUAGUCGACUUCCUCAACGACCUCUACACCUGCUUCGACUCCAUUAUUGGUAAUUACGACGUCUACAAGGUGGAGACCAUUGGCGACGCUUACAUGGUGGUGAGUGGUCUGCCCAUCAGGAACGAGGAUCAACAUGCAGGUGAGGUGGCGUCCAUGUCCAUCCACUUGCUGGACGCCAUCAGACGCUUCAAGAUCAGACACCGACCCAGCGACACGCUCAAGCUGCGCAUCGGCCUCCACUCAGGUCCAGUGUGUGCAGGCGUAGUGGGACUCAAGAUGCCUCGGUACUGCCUCUUUGGUGACACCGUCAACACAGCCUCCCGUAUGGAGUCCACGGGUCAAGCGCUGAGGAUCCACUGCUCGUGCACGUGUCGGGACAUCCUGGCCAAGGUGGGCGGCUACGUGCUGGAGGAGCGCGGGCAGGUGAAGGUCAAGGGCAAGGGCGACAUGACCACCUACUGGCUUAUUGGUGAGGAUCCAGAGCGGAAGCGGCGUCGCGAGCGGUCGCGGCGCCAGCGCGGGCUGCAGAGUGUGACGCUGACCAAGAAUGGUUGCGUGGGCGGCCUGCGAGGCUCCCUCAAGUGCAGCCGAGGCAGGACCUCUCCCCUGCCUCGGACCCUCAGUCUCGAGUCACCCAAGCGCCUCAGAUUUGCCAUGUCUGAGGAGCUGGCGACGCGAGCCAUGAGUGACCAGCUGGAUGAUACAUCGCCGCCUCCGCCAGCCUCACCCGCCUCUGACGACUGCGCGGUGCGCCGCAUUUCUCUGGAUGCCAAGCGCAACUCGUGCCCUUGCAUCAAGGAACAUCGCCAGCAGAUGCGAGGAAGUCAAAGUCAAGCCCUCAUUACCUCGCCCAAGGACAACAGCCCGCCCCUGGAGCUGGUCGUGUCCCCAGAGUCCUCGAUCGCUGCCGACGGUGUCACAGUCGAAAGCUGCAGAACUACCAUCAGCGGUGAGGGCGCGAGCUCGCGGCCUUCCAGCUUCAUGGAGAGUUCGAAUGAAGCUGCCCAGAGUGCCCCUCCUCCCUCUGUCACUCGUGACGCGCCUCUGCACUCCACCUCCUCGCUGCUAACGCACUCGGAUGUGACUCACAAAAACACCUCCAAUAUAGAUUUGACAUUAACGGUACCUUGGACUCCAGGUAGUGGGAGCUGCAGGUCGAGCAGCGUGAGUGGCGGUGUCUCUGGCUGCGUUGCCAAGACUCGCUACUCGUUGUCUAGCGGAGGUAACGGCAGGUGGCGUUCCCACAGCUUGGUCCUGCAGAGUGGCAGACGAGGCAGCGCGACAGACAGUGACUCGGUGUCUGCCGUGACGUCGGCAGGAGCGGAAGGAGGGGACAGCAGAGCCGGCCGCAUACGGUUCUGUGCUGAUGGCGUGUCCUCGGAGGGCGAGGAGUCCGCGCCACUCCUCGCCAGUGUGGUCAAGUAUAGAGUUAUAAGCGAGGUGCAGAAGCUGCCGGAGCGAGAGACGCCGGUGUAGGGGAAGCAGGCGCUACCUUACCAGGACAUCGUUCUCAAAACUGUGUUUUAAUGGCAAAGAAACAGCAAAAUGUGUUGUGGUUGUUAUAUACUAUUGAAUGCAGAACAGAGAAGACCAGGUAGUGAGCCGCAGUUAUAUAAACAUUAAGACAAGGUGCUAAACAUCUGUGUGUCUUGGUUUCUCCUGGUCUUUCUCUGGCACCUUGCGUCCCAUAGUGCCACUCCGCGGACGGUUCUUGACACCCACGCCAGGCUGGCCCCUUGACACGCCAGGCUGGCCCCUUGACACACCAGGCUGGCCCUUGACACACCAGGCUGGCCCCUUGACACGCCAGGCUGGCCCCUUGACACACCAGGCUGGCCCUUGACACACCAGGCUGGCCCCUUGACACACCAGGCUGGCCCUUGACACACCAGGCUGGCCCCUUGACACACCAGGCUGGCCCCCUGACACGCCAGGCUGGCCCCUUGACACACCAGGCUGGCCCUUGACACACCAGGCUGGCCCCUUGACACACCAGGCUGGCCCUUGACACGCCAGGCUGGCCCCUUGACACACCAGGCUGGCCCCUUGACACGCCAGGCUGGCCCCUUGACACACCAGGCUGGCCCUUGACACACCAGGCUGGCCCCUUGACACACCAGGCUGGCCCUUGACACGCCAGGCUGGCCCCUUGACACACCAGGCUGGCCCCUUGACACGCCAGGCUGGCCCCUUGACACACCAGGCUGGCCCCUUGACACACCAGGCUGGCCCCUUGACACACCAGGCUGGCCCCUUGACACGCCAGGCUGGCCCCUUGACACGCCAGGCUGGCCCCUUGACACACCAGGCUGGCCCUUGACACGCCAGGCUGACCCCUUGACACUCGACACUUGACCGCUACAGCUGAUGAGGCGUUAUGCUGCCCACACAAUAAAUAUCUCUACACACAUUAAAUAAUUUAUGUGUCAAGCAAAAAUUAUCUUAACAAAUAAAAUAAUUUUUGUU